GGUCUUUCAUCGAUCUUUGUGACAUUUUAAGUAGACCAAAGUCUUGAUCCCAUUUAAGGCACUCUUCUUGAUCCCUUUACACAUUCUCACACACUUUGCUUCAUUUAAUAGUGAUUUUGUGGUGAGCCAUUUGUAGUUUUGUUUUGUGAAGUGAGGUAAUGGAGAUCACACCAAAGGAGCACAUUGAGAAGAUACGAAGGACCAAAUUCUCCAUUGGAGGGGAACCAAACCCAUUGCGUGAGGACUUGCACCAAGCCACAAAGAAUCUCUCGACUGAGCUUUAUGCCAAAGAUGUUCAUUUCCUCAUGGAGCUCGUUCAGAAUGCAGAGGAUAAUAAGUAUGCUGAAGGAGUGAGUCCAUCACUUGAAUUCAUCAUAACUUCAAAGGACAUAACAGCUACUGGUGCAUCAGCCACAUUGCUAAUUUUCAACAAUGAAAAGGGUUUCUCUCGCGAAAACAUUGAAUCUAUCUGCAGUGUUGGACGGUCCACGAAGAAAGGCAACAGGAGUAGUGGUUACAUUGGCGAAAAAGGAAUUGGUUUCAAGAGUGUAUUUUUGCUUACUGCUUAUCCUUACAUAUUUAGCAACGGAUAUCAGAUACGGUUCAGUGAGAAACCUUGUCCACACUGUGACAUUGGAUAUAUAGUUCCUGAGUGGGUUGAGCAAAAGCCAACCCUUCAUGACAUAAAGCAGAUAUAUGGUGCUGGUGCUGGUUCUCUUCCAACUACCACAAUUAUCUUACCUCUAAAGCCAGACAAGGUCAAACCUGUGAAGCAUCAGCUCUCAAAUAUUCAUCCUGAAGUUCUGUUGUUCCUUUCAAAAAUCAGACACCUGUCUGUAAGGGAAGAUAAUGAGGAUCCAAAGCUGAAUAGUGUGAAUGCUGUAUCCAUUUCGAGCGAGAUUAACUUUUGCACAAGGAAAAACAUGAAUGCUGAGUCCUACACACUUCAUCUGUCGGCCGCGGAAAAUGGUGGUUCUGAAAAGGAAUGCAGAUAUUAUAUGUGGAAGCAAAAGUUUCCUGUCAGGUUCGAAAAUGUGGUGGAAAGGAGAGAGGAUGUGGAGGAAUUGAUAGUAACAUUAGCCUUCCCAAAUCAGGAGAGGCUUCAUAGGGGAAAGAGCUUACCAGGAGUCUAUGCAUUUCUUCCUACGGAAAUGGUAACUAAUUUUCCCUUCAUAAUCCAAGCAGAUUUUGUUCUGGCUUCGUCGAGGGAGACGAUUCUCCUCGACAGUAAGUGGAACCAAGGGAUACUAGAAUGUGUUCCAUCAGCUUUUAUGGAUGCAUUCAAAACGCUUGUUUUAGGAUCAGAUCAAGCUCCAAUAUCCUGUUUGCCACCCGUGUUCAGGUUCCUUCCCAUCGAUAGUUCUCCUUUUGAAAAGUUAAAUUAUGUGAGGGAGAAAAUCAAAGAAAAAAUGCUUGGAGAAAGCAUUAUUCCUAUUGAGACAUACGGGGAGCAGAAGCACUUCUAUAAGCCUUGUGAAGUUAGCAGGCUACUGCCCGAAUUCUGGGACAUUUUGGCUGAGGCUCAGGCGGAAAGAGUAUACUUGCAUAACCUGUCAUCUCACAAUGGAAGGAAAAUCUUGAGUUCUUCAUUUGAUAAAAUUGAGUAUGAUGACAUUCUCAGUUUUUUAGGGAUACAACAAGUCAACACUGAUUGGUAUGCGAAGUGCAUCCAGAGUUCUAAUCUUGUGGAUGGAGUGUCAGAAGUUGUUUAUCUGAAUCUUUUACUGUUUAUUGCUACAAAUUGGUCAAGUUUUAAAAGCUCCAAAGUGACGGACAUUCCAUUAAUCAAAUAUGUGGAUUCAGAUGGGAACCUGUCCCAUUUCACUCUUGAUCAAUGCAGCAACCGUUAUGGUGCCAAGCAAGUAGUCCUCGCAGAUCCAAGUCAGCCGAGUCUUUGCUCUUGGCUGAUUGAUUGGAAUAGCGAAUUUUCAUGCAAAACCUCCCGAUUUUUUAUGCCGGAAGUCACACAGCAAGCUAUCUUGCAUUCGCUCAGCAGGCAUACUUUGUUGGAAUGGCUAGAAAAUCAAGUUCAUGUUACUACUUUGGAUGUGAACUAUUUUGCACAAGUCCUUUGUAGUUGUAUAAAAAAAGACUCCAAGCUUGCCAUUAAAUAUGCUCAUUUCUUAUAUCAGUCUUUCUCAAAGUUAUAUUUAUCAAGCCGUGAGGUUCAUAAUUUGUGUAGUUCCAUGCCACUUUUGGACAGCUAUGGACAUGUGAUUGAAUGCACUUGUAGAAAAGGGGUCCUUGUACCUGCAAAUGUGAGCAAAUGGGCAGACUUGAUUGUUUUUAAUCCAUGGAGAAAUGAAGAUUAUGUUGAGCUGGGAAAGGAGUACUUGCACCGAUCUCGUAAUGCAGGCCAAUAUACAGGUUCUGGGAAGCUCAUAGAAUUCCUCAAAAAUCAUGUUGAUGCUUCUGAUAUUCCUCACAUAUAUCCUCCAAAUGCUGGAUUUUCUGCUGUAGAUACACCACUUACCAAAGACAAUGCUUUUUUGCUUUUGGAUUGGAUUCGAAACCUGAAGUAUAGGGGUGUGAAUCUACCAGAGAGGUUCUUGAAAUGCAUAAAGGAAGGAAGCUGGCUUAAAGUUACAGUCAAUGGAUGGAGACCACCAUCAAAGUCAUUCUUAAUUGGCUCAUCAUUGGGAAGAAUUUUGCAAAGUGGUUCUGUUCUUGUUGACAUUCCACUGAUUGAUGAGAGCUUCUAUGGGAGUCGAAUAAAUCAGUACAAGGAUGAGUUGAAAACAAUUGGGGUGAUGUUCAGUUGUGAAGAAGCAUGUGAAUUCAUUGGAAGAGAACUAAUGUCUCGUGCAGUGUCUUUCACUUUAAGCAGGAAUCAUAUUCUUUUGAUGCUUGAAUUCAUCGAAUAUCUGAGGCAAAAUUAUCUCCCUUUGGACCAAUUUGUCAACAGCAUCAAAGAGGGAAGUUGGCUAAGGACUUCUCAUGGUCUCAGGUCUCCAACAGGAUCUGUAUUGUAUGAUUCAGGAUGGAAAGUUGCAUCAAAAAUUAGUGUUAUACCUUUCAUUGAUAAGGAUUAUUAUGGUGAGGAUAUAUGUAAAUUUAAAGAGGUGCUUGAGUUGCUGGGUGUGAUAGUUGGCUUCAAUGAAAACUACCAAGUUGUCAUUGACCAUUUAAAAUCGUCCUCGGAGUUGGCCAAUUUGACAGCCGAUGCUCUUCUUUUAACGAUGAAAUGUAUAAGAUUCUCACAAGGAUCUAGCGAACUCGUAGAUUCACUCAAGAUAACAAGCUGCUUGAAGACAAACAUGGGUUUCAAAACACCAAGUGAAUGUUUCUUCUAUGAUCCUGUAUGGGGCUGCAUUUUGGAGGUAUUCAGUGGUCUUCCUGUGAUAGAUCAUAAAUUCUAUGGAAAGCAAAUUUUCACUUACAAAGAUGAAUUGAAGCAAAUAGGGGCUGUGGUUGACUUUGAGGAGGCUAUAGAAAAAAUUGCUGAUCUCUUCAAACAGAAGGCAUCACAAACUUUGUUUAACCGACAUCAUGUUAAAUCGUUUCUUUCUUGUUGUAGGCUUCUGAAGGGAACUGAAUACCAAUUCCCUUCCAGUUUCUCAAAGAUCAUACAUGAACAGAAGUGGUUACAAACUGGGGUUGGUGGUUAUAGGUGUCCAAGAAAAUGCAUUUUAGAUGGUCCAGAGUGGAAACCUAUCUCCUCAAUAACUAGUCUCCCUUUCAUUGAUGACAGUGAAAAUUGCUAUGGUAAGGGAAUACAUGAAUACAAGGAAGAACUGAAGAGCAUUGGUGUUGUUACUGAAGUGAAAGAUGGGGUGAAGUUUGUGCCUGAAUGUUUGAAUUUUCCUUCUGAUCCCUCCACCAUUUCUCCUGAAAGUGUGUUUUCUUUGCUUGAAUGCAUCCGUCUCCUCAUGCACGGGGUUGUUCCCCCCAUUGAAGAUGGCUUCAAAAAAAGAUUGUCUCAAAAUUGGUUGAAAACUCAUUCUGGUUAUAGGUCUCCAGGUAAGUGUUUGUUGUUUGAUUCCAAGUGGAAUAAGCACCUCAAGCCAACUGAUGGGCCUUUCAUUGAUGAGAAAUUUUAUGGACCUGAAAUUGCUUCUUACAAGAAAGAACUCAAUGCAAUUGGAGUCACAAUUGACGUCGGGGAAGGGUGCCUCUUGGUUGCUAGUCACCUUGACUUUCUCUCUGAUUAUGACACCAUUGAGCGAAUAUAUAGGUACUUGAGUGAACACCACUGGAAACCCGAGCCUGAUGAUAAAGCUGCCAGAAAGAUUUGGAUUCCAGGAAGUGCAAAGUGGGUCUAUUCUGAAAAAUGUGUCAUACACGACCAGGAUAAUCUUUUUGGUUCAAAGUUUUAUGUUUUGGGAGAUAUGUAUGAUAAGAAGAUUCUUCCAUUUUUCUCCUUUGCCAUGGAAGUCCGGAACAAGCCCUCCAUUGAUGAUUAUGUCAAUCUUUGGAAUGAUUGGGAGAGUUCAGUGGAACAAUUGUCAUAUGACAAGUGCUAUAAGUUCUGGAUGUUUAUGUUGAAACAUUUCAGCACAGAAACUAAGAAACUUUCCAAUUGCUUGGUGAAGCUACCGGCAACAUCAGGCAACAAUGAAAUAGUUUUGUUAGAUAAAAACGAUGUUUUCAUUCCUGAUAACCUUCAUCUGAAGAAGCUUUUUCAGCAGGAGAAAGUCUUUGUCUGGUAUCCUCAGAACCUGGCACCAUUGUCCAGGUGUGAGUUGUUUGACGUGUACAGGAAAAUUGGUGCUCGAAAUAUCUCUGAAUCUAUAUGCAUGGAAGAGCCGUCCUUGCUCAAUGGUGUUGAACUCAAGCAAGUUGAUCCUGGUAAUAUUUGUAAUGUGAAGGUGUUGGCUAAGCUUAUUCUUAGUUUUCUUUCUUCUUCUAGCCUAAAAAUGGAACCAAACAAGAGGCGUGAAGCUGUUCAAGGUCUACUCAACUUGAGUUUCUUUGAGACAAAGGAAGCAGUCAAUGUAAGUUACAGUUUGUCACUAUCAUCCGGGGCCAUCAUUACCAAAAAGGCAGACAGAAUGGUACGGUGGCAAGGGCAAAGUUCCAAGUUUUUCACUCAAACGAACUGGCAAAGUGGAAAUGCAAGUUUAAUAAAAUAUGCUACAUAUUUCUCAGAAGCCAUCUCAGAGGGUGUUUUGCGUGAGAAUCAUGAUCAUGUUCCUGCACUCUCUGAGCUCAUCACAUUGGCUUUUGUGCUGAAAUUCAACAAUGAGACAAUUGAAUUUCUUAUGGAGUCCAAGAACUUGCACUGUGAGGAUGAGGAGUUCCUCAGUUCUGCCUUCCCUUCUAACUAAGUCUUCUCCAUAGAUUUUUAAAUGUUUUAAUUCAGGCUUGCAUGCUUCUAUAUACUAUGCAUAUGCCUAUUAAUAAAUUAUGUUUAUGAGGUUUUUUGUGACCUUGUCUAUCAGUGGUGCGUGAUUACUGAAUUACCUAAGUAAAGUGUGGUAUUGGCUGUUAAGAUUUGAAGAAUUAUAAGUUACUCACUCCAUUUCAUGGUCAAUGCUUUGUUUUCAUUGUAUGACUAGUCCAUAUUUUCAUUCUAUGUCUUUACUUUUGCA